AUGACUGCGCCUUGGACUCCCACUCUUUCCCACUAUAUAGUACAAUUGUGUGUUUGUUUUCUAGCAGAAAGCGAUCAUGUCUCAGGCAUCUCAAGAUGAAGAAGCGCAGGAGGGCGGCCUCUCCAUGUCUGGUCCGCUCAUGGUUGGCAAAUUGGAGGAAGCCGGAAUUCACGCCAAUGACAUCAAGAAGCUCUCCGAUGCAGGACUCAACACUGUCGAGGCCGUCGCAUUCACGCCCAAAAAGAAUCUGAUAGCAAUUAAAGGCAUCUCAGACGCGAAGGCAGACAAGAUCUUGGCAGAAGCUCAGAAAAUCGUCCCCCUUGGCUUUCAGAGCGCCACUGAAGUUCACGCACGACGUUCUGAACUCGUUCACAUUACGACGGGCUCAAAGCAGCUCGAUGCUUUACUUGGAGGGGGUAUCGAGACCGGUGCCAUCACUGAGCUCUUUGGAGAAUUCAGGACCGGAAAAUCACAACUGUGUCACACUUUGGCAGUAACAUGUCAAUUGCCUGUGAGCAUGGGCGGUGGCGAGGGUAAAUGUCUCUACAUCGACACUGAGGGCACUUUCCGUCCUGCUCGCCUACUUGCAGUCGCAGAACGUUAUGGGCUGAGUGGAGAGGAAGUUCUUGACAAUGUUGCAUAUGCAAGAGCAUAUAACGCUGACCAUCAGAACUCCCUUCUCACUAGCGCCAGUGCGCUGAUGGCGGAAUCAAGAUUCUGCCUUCUCAUCGUCGAUUCAUGCACCGCGCUCUAUCGCACUGACUUCAGUGGACGCGGUGAGCUAUCGGCACGUCAGAACCAUCUCGGCAAAUUCCUAAGAACCCUCCAACGGCUUGCAGAUGAGUUCGGCAUUGCAGUCGUUGUCACAAAUCAGGUCAUGUCCAAUCCGGAUGCAUCAGCAGGACCAUACGCGAGCAAUGAGAAGAAACCCAUCGGAGGAAACAUCAUGGCACAUGCUUCCACGACCCGGUUACAACUCAAGAAGGCCCGCGGAAACACUCGAACUUGCAAAAUAUAUGAUUCGCCCUGCCUUCCUGAGAUGGAGACUCACUUUGCAAUCUUGUCCAGUGGAAUCGGUGAUCCCGAAGAAGAGACUUGAGUAUCAAUACCCUC